GGAACGGCAGCCCGGGAGGGGACAGGAAUUCGGAGCGACCCGGGGACGCGGCGGCGGGGACAGGUGACUCGGAGCGACCCGGGGGACAGGCCGGCGUCAGGGACAGAGGCCUUAAGGUUGUGGAACCAUAAAAUGUGACAUCAGAUAUCUUGUCAUCCUCAGCCAUUUAUGAUUCUGGAAGAUUAAGGCAGAUAAGAAGCCCCUUCUGAGAUUCUAACAAAGCUCUUCAGCCAUCAACCACAUUAUGGACAUGAAGCUGGACCCCUCCCGAGAUGACCUGCCUCUCAUGGCCAACACCAGUGACAUACUUGUGAAGCACUAUGUACUUGAUUUAGAUGUAGAUUUUGAAAGACAACUCAUUGCGGGCACCAUAGUGCUUUUCUUUGAAUCAGAAAACAGAUUCAAGAAGCAUAGUGGUUCCAGUGUGGGAAUCUUCCCAUCAGAGUCAGAAGAAGCCUUCAAAUUUAAGAAGCCUGAGCCUUCUCCUAUUCCUGUGACAAAUACAAGGACCCUCUUAUCUGAAACCGAAUGUAAUGAUUUUGUAUUCUCUGGUAGGGGUGAAAAAGAUACUUCUGAUAAAGAUGGUAACCAUGACAACCAGGAACAGACUUCUGGGACUUCUAGCCCAAAGCACUGUUGUGACAGAGGGAAUCAUGGGAGUGAAGAUUUUUUGCUACUGUUGGACUGCUGUGAUUUAUCUGUGUUAAAGGUUGAGGAGGUGGAUGUUGCUGCUGUGCCAGGCAUUGAAAAAUUGAUAAGUUCUCACAAGUUCCCGAUUGAUUCCAAGGAAUUUAGGAAUCAGAUUGUGCAUGAACUUGUGACCCUGCCUGCAGCUCAUUGGAGGGAGCAGUUAGACUAUUUUGCUCGCUGCAGCCAGGCUCCUGGCUGUGGGGAACUCCUGUUUGACACUGAUGCUUGGAGUUUACAGAUCAGGAAGACAGGGGCUCAGACAGCCACCGACUUCCCUCAUGCCGUAAGGAUACAGUACAGCACCAAGCCCCAUGGGCAGUCAGUGAUGUGGGCCUCAGAUCAGAGUGGCAGGCCAUGUGUUUAUACUAUGGGAUCGCCCAUAAACAACAGGGCCCUUUUUCCAUGCCAGGAGCCACCCGUUGCCAUGUCAACAUGGCAGGCUACGGUUCGAGCAGCUGCAUCUUUUGUUAUUUUAAUGAGUGGGGAAAAUUCUGCUAAGCCAACACAGCUUCAGGAAGGGUAUUCAAGCUGGCAUUACUAUGUAACCAUGCCCAUGCCAGCCUCUACCUUUACAAUUGCAGCUGGAGCCUGGGCAGAAGUGGAGCCUGAGACCUUCUCUUCAAAUGAUCCGUCAACAAAACGAACAUUCUCACCAUCAGAGGCUGCAUUCAGGUGCAUGGACAUUUGUGCUCACGCGGAUUACCCCUGCCGCUUCCGGAGUGCGCCAGCUGCCGCUGAGGAGAUCAUUCCAUAUCGGCUCUUUGCGCCGGAGCACCUCAAGAGAGCCUGCCAGGAGACCCUUCUGCAGCUUAUCCCUCGCUGUUUGUCAUCAGCACAUGCUGUCCUGGGGACACACCCCUUCUCCAGGCUGGAUGUACUCAUUGUCCCUGCCAACUUUCCAAGUCUGGGCAUGGCCAGCCCACACAUCAUCUUCCUCUCCCAAAGCACCUUGACUGGAGUCAGCCUCUGCGGGACACGCCUCUGCCACGAAAUUGCCCACGCCUGGUUUGGCCUGGCCAUCGGGGCCCGCGACUGGACUGAGGAGUGGCUGAGCGAGGGGUUCGCCACCCAUCUGGAAGACGUGUUCUGGGCCCGAGCGCAGCAGCUGACCCCUCAGGAGGCCCAGGAGCAGCAGGAGUUGAAGGCUUGUCUGCGCUGGCGGCGUCUGCAGGAUGAGGUGCGCGAUUCCUCCGAGGAGCUGCAGGUGCUCAGACCCCAUAAAGAGAAAACGGGCCAUGUGAAUGACUCAGGGUCAUCUGUCGUCAAACACGGGCUCAAUCCAGAGAAGGUCUUCAUGCAGGUCCAUUACUUAAAGGGCUAUUUCCUUCUCCGGUUCCUCACCAGAAGACUUGGAGAUGCUGCCUACUUUACAGUUUUAAGAAAAUUUGUGCACACGUUUCAUGGGCAAUUGAUUCUUUCCCAGGAUUUCCUUCAAAUGAUGUUGGAGAACAUCCCUGAAGAAAAAAGGUCGGAGCUGUCUGUGGAGAGCAUCUUCAAGGACUGGCUUGAGAGUCCCGGGAUACCACAGCCGCUGUUCGCCGAGCGCCGCGACCGGGCCGAGUGCGGCCUCGAACGGCAGGUGCGGGCCCAGGCCGCGAAAUGGAUCCGCUGGAACCGGGGACCCCGCAAGCGGACGCGGGGUGAGCCGGAAGCAGCCCGCGGACAGACCGUUUGGUUUUGCCCUCAGCUCCUUCCCGACCAGCUGGUCUUGCUUCUGGAACACCUCUUGGAGCAGAAGACCCUGAGUCAUAGGACUCUGCGGAGCCUUGAGAGGACAUACCAGCUCUCUGAGCAGGAUGCGGAGGUGCGUCACCGGUGGUGUGAGCUGGUGGUGAAGCACAAGUACACGGGUGCAUACAGAGACGUGGAGCGCUUCCUCCUGGAUGACCAGGCCAUGGGCAUUUACCUCUAUGGGGAGUUGAUGGUGGGCGAGGACUCACGGCAGCAGCGUCUAGCUCACACGUGCUUCAAGCUGACCAGCAAAUGGAUGGACAGUGGCUCCGCCCAGGUGGUGACUGAAAUGUUGUUCUGAAGAGGGCAGAUCCCAACGAGAACCUUUGAGUGUGCCCAAGACCACCACUGCAGGAUGAGGUCGCAGGGACAGGGUUUGUGGGCGCCCUCCGCCAACAGUGAUGCAUACCCAGGCCAAGCUGUGAAUGCUGCCCAGUCCCCUGCCUUGGAGUGGUACCAGCGAGAUGGAUCUCUUCUGUGAGGUUAAGGCGGUUCUUAGGCCUGAACAGAUGAUUAAAAUAGGAGGAAAAUGGAAAUACCCACUUAAGGUGCCCUCAGCACAUGGCCAGGUUGAUGCUCUUGCUGCAGAGUCUGUGUCCUCUGGUAUCCACUGGCUCGCUUCAGAAAGAAGCCACAAAGUUACUGAUCUUAUAUUUUUAUUAUUUUGUCCACUUGGUGUCUUUGGUGAAAAUGCGAGAUGAGUAUUAAAGAUGUAUCAGAAUAAAAUGCAGAGGAUUUGGUGUUCUGCA